GCCAUGUGUCAAACUUUUCGGAACUGUGAACCAAAUUAUGGCAAACGAGAACUAAGACAGGGAUCGUAGAUUGAGGAUUUUAAUUACUUAGUACUUAGCAAUCACCACCUAAAAUGACGCAAUGGUGUGCGAUCAGUGUGAUGAAGGCCGUGCUCUGCGUCGGCUGCACGGAAGUGGACUACGUGACGAGCAUCGAGAAGUUGGACUUCCAAAAGGACCGAGCCCGCGCCCAAAACGGGUAUCUUCAGCGCAGCGGAAGAUCCUCGAAUGUGAGCACUGCCCUGCGGCUCCUGGGGGCCAAUGUCGAGCUGUUCGGCGUGCUGAGCCGCAAUCCCACCUACCGCAUGAUCCUGGACGAUCUGGAGAAGCGGGGCAUCGACAUCAGCCACUGCACCUUCACCGACGAGAGUCCGCCGUUCUCGACGAUCAUCCAGGAGCGUUGGACGCGUCGCAUCACGGUCUUCUACUGCGACAAGCCCUUUCCGUAUGUGACGGCCGAUGAUUUCCGGAAACUGGACCUCGACCAGUACGGUUGGGUGAACUUCGAGGCGCGAUCUCCGCGGGAAACCUGCGACAUGAUCCGCCUGAUCCAGGAUCACAACAACGGACGCGAGGAAGCGGAUCGCAUUGUGGUCUCGCUGCAGAUCUUCAAUGCCUUCGCAACGGUUGUCGAUCUGAUCGGAAUGUGUGACUAUGUUUUUGUGACCAAGUACAUAUCGGAGACCAGAGGCUGGAAGACGCCGCAGGAAGCCUGCGUGGGUAUAAAUGAGCUCCUGCGAAUGCCGAGGGAUAUCAAAAUCCGGAGGCCCUGUGUAAUUGUUCCUUGGAGCAGCUUGGGAGCAGGAUGCAUGACCACCGAUGGCCACUACUUCGAGCUGCCGCCCUACAAGCCCAAGAAGAUCGUGGAUCGGGUUGGCGAUAGUGACUGCUUCACGGCCGGCUUCAUCUACGCCGCCUUUGUGCGAAAAAGGCUUCUGGCCGAGGCCGUGGACUUCGCAAAUGCCGUGGCCAGCUUUAAGUUGGCCUUCGUGGGAUUCGAUUGCCUGGGGACCCUGAAGAUCGACUCGGUCAAGCUGCCCGAACUAACGCAGGGCAAAAGUCAGGACUCCGACGACGACGAGGAAAAUGAUCAGCAGAACGCCUGCCGGAAGUAUCUGCUCCGUCCGGCCGAGUUCCUGGAGGUCGACAGUGCCUCCAUCGCCACCGUGGAGCAGCCGGCGGUCGGAGAUCUCGUGGAGCGGCCAUCAACCAGCUAGGGAUGUCGGAAGUGUGCCAUGUAUCGUCUAGUGAAAAUCUUUUAAAUCUGAAAAAAAUUAAUAUUUAUAAUUUGUCUAAAUAUUA